AUGGCCAAAAACUUGGUUAACCAAUAUAUCAUCUUUCUCCCACUCGACUUUCGACUCUUUAUCUCUGUUUCUUACUCAAGAAUGGGUGGAAAACUUGGUCUAGUCUUUGUUUUUUUGCUGGCUGUUGGCUCGCUAUGUGAUGCUAGAGAGUUAACUUCUACCUUUAGAAACAAGGUUUCUGCAAUUUCAGUUUUGCAAUCAAAGGCUGCAAAGAGAUUUGGAGUUUUGGGAAACGAGGGCAAAAAUGACAAUUUGUGUACUUUGUGUGAAGAAUAUGCUUCUGAAGCUCUCUUUUUCCUUGAACAAAACAAAACCCAAAAAGAAAUCAUCUCCGCUCUUCAUGAAUCUUGUGAUAAAUUACAGUCAUUAAAGAAACAGUGUAUCACUUUAGUAGAUUACUAUGCUCCUCUAUUUUUCCUUGAAAUCUCAACUGUUAAACCUGAAGAAUUUUGUGGAAAAGUUGGACUUUGCAAAGAAAUUGUUGCUUAUGCUCAUGAAUUCUCAGAAAAUAGCUGUGAUGUUUGUCAUUUAGCUGUUUCAGAAGCUGUUUCUUUGUUAAAAGAUCCUGAUAAUCAGUUGGAAAUCUUGCAGUUGCUCUUGAAACAAUGCAAAACUGUGGAGAAGUACUUACCAAAGUGUAAAUCAUUGGUAUUCGAAUAUGCACCUUUGAUUCUUGCAAAUGCAGAGCAGUUUUUGGAGAAAGAAGACAUAUGCAGUAAGCUUCAUGCUUGUGAUUCUUAUGAACAGGUUCCUUUGAUUUCAGACAACUGAAAAUGCCAGAAAUGAAAUGGGGUUGAUGAUCUUCUUGACUUCUUGUGAUUCCUGGAAUGGGUAUUAUUGUCUUUCUCCACAAU